GAAAAUCGCGCAAGUAUUUUGAACUCAAACCUGAGCUUUCAAAGUUUACCUAGCUUACUUUUCGAGGCAAUUCAUAAUAAAAAAGAAUUUAUAAUAGUUAAAAAAAUAUUCUUUAUUCAUGUAUAAAACAAACCUUAUUAUAUUUUAUAUUUUCAAACAUGAGUAACCAGGAUUAUUUUGCGAAAGAUUUCGAUCCUAAUAAGGUCACCAUAAAACGUCUAAAAGAAAUCUUAAACGCUCAUGAUAUUCCACACAAGGGUAUUGCAAGGAAAGCUGAAUUCGUACAGAAAUUUCAGGAGUACGUACUUCCUGAAUUACAAAGAAAGGAAGAAAAAGAGCAGAAAGUUUCUACAGAGCAAAAGACUGCUAAACGAAAAAGUGUCACUGAACAGAAACAUGCUGAAGAAGAUAAUAUAUCUUCUAUCUCAAAUUCACAAAUUAAAACUCCAAAUCAACGAAAGAGGAAAGUAGGACGUGUAAGUAGUAAAAAGCAAAAGGAAGAAACGAUAACACAACCACAAAUCAUUCAAGAUGAUGGGCAGUCCUCAAAAGCAAUAGUUAUAGAUGACGAUAAUAUUAAUAAUAAUGCACAACUGACUUCGAUUUCACAAGAACAAUUGAGGCAAAAUUAUUCUGAAAGGAUUUCUCCGCCACGUCCUUUAAAAGCUCCAACAUCAGAGACGCCGUUUUAUCCUAUGGUUCCUCCGUACUCUAGAACUCCUGCAUAUCCUUUUCUAGAGCCAGAAGAACUAGAGAAAGUUAAACUUAGAGAAAAAGAACUACAAGCGUCUUCGGAAACACCUUUAUAUCCAAUUCAAGAAGGAUCUGAAAAUAUAGAGGAUAAAAUAAAACAUUUUGAACGGCGUGAAGCGUUUGCAUAUUGUUUUAAACCUCGAGCUCCCAAAAGAAAUAUCGAUCGUAGACCGCCUCCCGAGUUUGUUAAACGUAAACAGAAGAUCCGAUUAAGUUCAGGGAUAAUUUUCCUUAUUUUCACAGUCACAACCGUUAUUGUAUUGUUGAGUUUAAAAGCACAAAUUGGCUUUUGUGAUAGCGUUAAACCUGAUUAUAAGGAAGUUGAAGAUUCACAAUCAUCAUCUCAAUUCGUAAUUAACUUAAUGUGCACGCAAUGUCCUCCUAAAGCAACGUGUUCAAAUGGCAUCAUCACAGAAUGUGAAAAAGGCUUCAAACGGGAAACUUCAUUUUUUCGGCUAGCUAAGCCUUACUAUACGCAUUGCGCGAUUGAUAAAGAUCAAAUGACAAAGGCUAGGAAAUAUACUAAAGAAUUCAAAGAAAUUAUUGCUCGCGAAAUGGGAAGAGUAACAUGUGGAUAUGAAGAUAAAGAUAACAUGUUGUAUGAAAAUCUCAUACUUCAACUUAAAGACAUCAUGCCACUGCAAGACUACAAAUAUAUCAAUGUCACAUACGAGACCAUUUGCGAGGAUGAUGAUAUUAACAUUGAGAAUAAGGACGGGGAAAAUUACAUAUUCUCCAAAAAGCCAACUUUUAGCUUUUAUUGCCAAUUAUCUUUUGCCAUCGCGAAACUUAUCAAAAAGUUUUUCGAUAAUCUAUCUUAUUCAUUGACAGUUCUGUCAGCAUCAUCUUUGUUAGUAUUUGGAUUCUGGUAUAUUCGACAACGGAUAUGGGAAAGACGCCAAGUGAGCGCUGCCUUCGGCUUAGCAUUAACGAGAUUAAAUGAAGAAAAACGAAUAAUCGGUCAGGAGUUUCGUGAAGAGGCAUUCGCUCAUGUGAAAGACCCUAUGGUACGUCAAAAGCUUUUCCAAAAGCUUGAUGAAAAGGUCCGGACAAACCCGUAUGUUCGUGCUGGAAACAUUAUCUACGACGGGUUUGAAACAGGUGUCUGGGAGUGGAAAGGUCCUUAUACUACUCACGUUAAUCCAAGGUAAUCGGAUUUUGAUAUGGUGCAAUAUUAUUUCCUCAUUUGCAAGGGUUCUUGAAAAUUUUCUUAAAAGUUAAUAAUAAAAAAACUUAAUGUAAAAUCAAACUUUGGAGUUCCCAACAUCUUGAAUUAUUAAAAUGUGAUUGUAGUUAUAAAUA